AUGAGCAAGCUGUUUGUCGUCUUCGGAGCCACAGGCCAACAAGGAGGCGCGCUUGUCAAUUAUAUUCUCAACCAUCCCGAUUUUUCUAAGCAAUUUCGCCUGCGGGGAGUUACCAGAAAUGCCAGCUCUAAUGCGGCCAAAGAACUGAAUGAGAAAGGCGUCGAGGUUGUAGAGGCAGACAUGGAUCAACCAGAGACACUCCCCGCUGCAGUUGCUGGUGCUUAUGGCUACCUAGUCUGGAAGAAAGCUAGCGCAGCCGUUGAAAUUGCCCAAGGCAAGGCCGUCGCUGAUGCAGCUAUUGCGGCUGGUGUUUCUCUUUUUAUUUGGUCUUCGUUACCAAGCGUCACCAAGAUGACCGGUGGAAAAGUGACCACGGUGCAUCAUUUCGACAGCAAAGCCGAGGUGGAGGACUACAUACGGGGGCUACCCUUCCAUAGUAGUGUGUUCUUCAUGCCUGGAUGGUUCAUGCAAAACGUGUGGAACCCGCUUGCGCCAAAGCCAAAGAUUUUGAAAGACGGGAGGGUUUUAUCCGGCUUCGCUUGGUCACCGGAAACUAAAUUACCAUUGAUUGAUAUCAAUGACACAGGAAAAUACUUAGCGCCAGCACUACGAGAUCCUGUCAAGUACAAUGGCUGCCGGCUGACAGCUGCGACGGCAUUCUACACUGCUAAGGAGCAAGUUGACACAUGGUCAGCCGUAUCAGGCAAGGAAGUUAUCAUACCGAAAGAAGAGGAUAUUCCUCUUUUGACUUCGGAUCCUAUUCAACAAAAAUUGGCUCGACCAGGAACCCUGCUCGAGGAGUGGGGCUAUUAUGGCCCGACAGGCGAGAAGGAUCUUUACUGGACGCAUAAUCAGCUCGAUGAGAAACUGACUACCUGGAAAGAGUUCCUGGAGUCUAACGGACCGUGGUUUGUGGAAUGA